AUGGCGGCCAACGCAUCCACUUUAGAACAGGAGCUAUAUUCCACCGUGGGGGACAAGCAGGUCUUCCUGGUGCGGCUCCGGCAGCUCCGCUCAGAGGUGCGUCUGGUGGAAGCGAGCCUGGAGGCGUUGCAGCAGAAGGAGGACUGGCUUACACGUGAAUUGGCCAAACGCUCCUCGGCGCGUGAAGACUUGCCGUCUGUGGACGACUUUCUCGAAGGUAAGGCCAGUGCUGAAGGCACUCGCUUUUUCGAGCUGGAAGACCCUGCUGAGGACGGCGAUCAGGACGAACACUCCCAGGCAGAUGACUGGGAGAGACUAUUGGACGCCAUGGGUGUAGCAAGGUGCGGCUCCUGUGGCACAAGACUUCCUUUGGAUAUGGCCGCCAUCGAGCAGCAUUCAAAGGAAUGCCCUGCCAGUCCCACCCGUGCGAUGGGAGGGCCUGCCUUGCUGGCGACUCCAGAGCCUCCGGACGAAGACUUGAUGGGGCGUUGCAGCCACUGCUUGGAUCUUACUUCUGGGGGAAGCAAAGCCGUAUUGAAAAGGGAGAAUCUGAUUGGGGCAUCACCAAUUGAUGGAAAGGAAAAGGUGAUGUUCGAAGAGAUCAAAGAGUUCGAGGAAAAUCAAAAGUUAAAAGGGCCCGAAAUUGCGCCUGAGCUGGUGUCUCGUUGCCUCCGUGCCUUCCCUAAGGAGACGGCCCCUGGUCCAUGGGGCCUUCGCAUCGUGUACCUCAAAGAAGCAUGCGUGGCUGGGGGCAGCGAGGCGCUUAUGACGCAGUUGACGGCAGUUGUCAGCUUGCUGAGUCAAGGUCGUGCGCCCGCCUUUGUUGCGUCUGUCUUGGCUAGGGCAGGCUUGGUGGCGCUCCCCAAACCCAAUGGCAGAGUCCGGCCGAUAGCAGUUGGGGAAAUCCUACGGCGUCUUGCCGGGAAAUAUUUGAUGAGCCUGGUGCGCGAGGAUGCGCAAUCCUAUUUUUGGCCAGUGCAGGUCGGAGUUGCUGUUCCGGGAGGUGCCGAGAAAGCCAUCCACACAGUGCGGGCCUGGCGCCGGCGGCACUGGAACUCUCCUCACAAAGUGGCCCUCAAAUUGGAUUUCAGCAAUGUGUUCAAUACGCCGUAUCGGACCUUUUUGCCUUCCUUGAGCCGGUGGGCAACGUGGUGCUACCAACGCCCCACCCGGCUGCAAUUUGCCGAUUGGGUGGUCGAGUCCAAAGCUGGGGUUCAACAAGGUGAUCCUUUGGGGCCUCUGUUUUUCCCAGCAGCCAUCCAACCCCUCGCCCAAGAUCUUCGCAACACUGGCUUGGACCUUGCAGUGCACUAUUUGGACGAUGGAAUCCUGGCGGGGGACGUGGCUGCGGUAAGCCAAGCGCUCCGCCUGGUUGAAGCCCGCGCGGCCAACAUUGGUUUGAUUUUGAAUUUGGCGAAGAGUGAGCUAGUUGCAGUUGGGGCCGUUGACAUCGCUGCUUUGCAUUGCCACUUUCCUGACAGCCUGCUCCGCGACACAGGAGGGGCCAGCAAAGUGCAGCGCAAUUUCGAGCUGUUAGGAGCCGCCAUUGGGAAUGAUGCCUUUGUCCGUGCCUAUACCGCUGAGAGGGCCGCCAGAGCUGGAGACCUUUUUGACUCUUUGGGGGAGAUGGAGGAUCCACAGACCAUGGCCUUAGACAUGUUUGAUGGCAUGCUUCGCCGGAGCUUUGGGGACUUUACAGGUUUGCACCUUACGGCUGAGCAAUGGAUACAGGCAUCGCUGGGGUUGGCUCAAGGGGGCCUUGGGCUUCGUUCCACCUCCAGGCACGCCGCUGCGACUUUCUUGGCAUCGCGGGCGUCGACUCUGACAUCUGCCGCCGAACUAGAUGGCGGAUUCUCCAUCGACGAAGCAAAAGCUUGCCCAGAUGUUUGCGCUGCCCUUGCCGCCUUCAAUACCCACCUCCCACCAAGUCAAGCCAUCGCUUUAGAUGCUGCCUUAGCCCACAAACAAAAAGCUUUAUCGACGAUGCUGGACUCGGCGGCGUGGGAUACGCAGCUGGCCCAGAGUGCCAUUGCCGGACGGACGACGCUGCUUUCUGAAGCUUCUAUUGGUGGCAGGGCUUUUCUCAAUGCCCUGCCCAGCGGGCGAAUGCAAAUGGAACCGGUUGCUUUUCUAUCUGAACUUCGUGUCCGAUUGCAGGUCCCUGACGCCACCUCCGACACUUGGUGCCCCUUGCGCGACGCAGUCUUGGACCACCACAGCCACCACGCCGGGACGCACACAGCGGCACCACGCGGUCCGGGAUCUGGUGCAUGCCUGGUGUCAACGUGCUGGACUGCUCGCCGCCCAGCUGAUGUGUAUUUGCCCACCUUUGCAGGGUCUCCUAUUGCCUUCGAUUUCGCCGUCACGGCGCCCUAG